GCGGCAGCGAAAACAUUUAUAACGGAAAACUCCUGGCGUGUGGACGUGUUUAGUGUGUGUCGUGGUCUCUGAUUUUUGUGUAGCGUCUUUCGCUUGCUCUGCUUGUGUUUUUAGUGUAUUAUUCAGAUUCGUAUUAUUCUUUCUGCCGAGUGCUGUCCCCCGUAUAUCAUUGCUUGACGCGCACUCCCAUCAUACGACCACUUAGUAUUCCAUUCGCGAAACAAAAUAAAUGAAAAUAAAGUCAAGCAAAACAAAAACGAAAACAAAAGAUAUAGCCCCCAUUCAUCUUGUUUGCCAAAUUACGGGUAUAUUGUAGUUCUAAUUGUGAAGCAACCUUGAAAUUUUCUACUUACGCUGGAAGUUGCACAAACAACACAAAAAAACACGCACACAAAUUGUCAAGUGACGCUUUUGGACAAUUGCAAUGUGACUUUCGAAGUGUAAGCGCAGCUUUGUUGUAGUUUUGUUUGCCGAAAAAAGAAUCAGAGGAAUCAAAGGAAUACUAUCGUGCAUAAAAGGUUGUAUUCUAUCGAAUACCCGCAUACUAAAAGAAGACCAAAGAGGAUUGGAUUACUGAUCAAAAGGAGUCAAACAGCAACAGAAAUGGGCACUAUCGAGAAACGUUCAUUUUCCUUCCGCCUGCGCCGCUCCUUUGGCGAUGGUGGCAGCACCAAUAGUCGCAACAGCAACAACAACAGCAGCACCUGCACCAAUCACAACAACCAGAAACGCUGCAGCACACCCUUGACACCCACCAGCACUAGCACGGGACGCCUGGAGGUGCCCGGAGCGGCAUCCGUGAGCCGUCGGAGCAGCAUCUACAAGAAGCCGGACAAGAAUGAUGGCGGACAGAUUCAUAUGAUACCGGAUGUGGACUUGCCGCUGAUGACAUUCGCCGAUCAGUACAACAUUGAGAAGACACUGGCGGAGGGAUGUUUUGCCAAGAUUCUGCUGUGCCGGCACAGGCCCACCAAUACGCUGGUGGCCCUGAAGGCAGUUCAUGCAGAGUUGACCACGAUCAAGGAGUUCCAGAAGGAGUUCCACUACAACUACGAGUUGUCGCACCAUCACCACAUCUUGAGCGCCUACGCUGUGGCCUUCCAGACCAUGGACUACUACGUGUUUGCGAUGGAGCAUGCACCGUACGGGGACCUGGCCUCGAACAUCGGACCCAAUGGCCUGCAUGAGAAUGCCUGCAAAUUGAUAUCCGAGCAGUUGAGCUCGGCCCUGGGCUUCAUGCACUCGAAGAAUCUGGUGCAUCGUGAUCUGAAGAUUGAGAAUAUUUUGGUGUUUACGCCGGACUUUACCCGGGUGAAGUUGUGCGACUUUGGGGCCACCACCAAGAAGGGUCUGCUGGUGCACAAGGUGAAGCACACGUGGACCAGCUGUGUACCGCCGGAGCAGCUGGAGCUGAUCAAGAACGAGCGCUUCCAGUGCCUGCCCAUCAGCGAUUCCUGGCAGUUUGGCAUCUUGCUGUACAACAUCCUCACGGGCAAUCCGCCAUGGCAGUCCGCGGACUGGGUCAAGGAUCAGUCUUAUGCCAACUUCAUGAAGUACGAACAGCGCAAGACCACCAAAGUCCCUGACAGUUUCCGUCGAUUUUCGCCCCGUCUGAUGCGCUGCUUCCGCAAGUAUCUCAGUCACGACCCAGAGGAUCGCUGCAAGAUCACCGAGGUGACCAAGUACAUGAAGGAUCGCUGGGUUGAGUGCCGCAUCUCCACCUCCAAGUCGGCCACCCUCAUCUCGCCCACCCACCACGACCAGGACUCGUGUAUCUAUCUGAACCAGCGCGAGGGCCGACUCUCUGGCGAUGAGAACAAACUGAGAUUCAAGCGCAUGAUGUCCAGCUAUGGCCUGGACAUACCCAUCGAUCCGACCAUGGUGCGACGGCGAGUCUGGGACUGGCUAUCCACAUGCGAUGCCAGUUUCGAUCCAGAUGUAGAGAGCUUGCAUGGCCUGGAUACAAUGCAUUAGAGAGAGAUUCUCGAUAAUAUCAUCCUCUGCGGAACUGUUUGAAUUUGUAGGUCUAUGAGAUCAUAUUUGAGAAAACCAAAACCAUAUUUAUAAAUGUUAGAGAAAAUUGUCUAUAGGUAUUUAAUUUAGUGAGAAUUAAUGUCAGGUUAAGUAAACCCAGCAAACAACCAAAAAAACACGUCAACGGAUUACUUUCCACUAGUGUUACCUUUCUAGUCUUCCGCCACGAUGAUUUUCUUCGAUAUACAUAUACUAUACAUAAUGUGUGAUUUACGCGUUACUUACUUUAUAUAUACGAUACAUAUACAGAUACGGUACUAUACCAACUAAUGCAAUUAUCUAGAAUCUAGUAUUUAUAUAUACAUACUCAGAUAUUUGUAGAGAGCAAUUAAGGGAUGACCAAUUACUAGACGUUUAAGAUUUGUUGUAUAUUUUUGUAGUAGAUAAUCGUAAUGUCUAUCUUUAAUCUGUAACCAUAGUCCUUCUAUGUGUAUCCCCUAUAAAUCUUUGUAUAUAUAUUUCUCCUUCGAUUGCAUACGACUUUUACUAUAAAGUAUAUUGAUAUUGAUAUCCCAUGUAUACCAUAUACCAUAAA